GGUAAAUCAAUAACUACUGGUCAAUUAUAAUUAUUCUUUAUGGAAAAAUAUGUUAAUACGUUUUAAUUUUGAAAGAGAAGAAGUCGAUGGAAUAGAGCAAUGAAUAACUUCCACGGGCCCUACAUCUUCCUUUUUCAGUUUUUUGCUUUUUCGAACACAUCUUCAUAGCUCCCUUGCAGCUUCAAAUCGUACGGUCGAACAGUCGAAGUGUUCCCUGCAGCCCCGCAUCACCGUCCAUCUUUUUUAUCACAUCAUACGAACAAGCGCCCUUGCACGACGCAUCAUACUGGUGAGUAACACGGUACCUGAAACCCGCGCAGAAACCGAAAAAACCCGAAUACACAAAAUCUUCAGCACAGAAAGAAGCGAGAGCUCAUUUCUAUUCAUUCAUCGUCAUCAUCAACAUCAACAUCAACAGCAAUGUUUUCUAGAUUCUUUCAGAAACCUCCACCACAGCAAUCUCCUCAUGCGCAGCAGGAAGCGGGAAAAGGAAUUUCUAAAUCAGCGGAUUUCGAUCCGCGAGUUGUUCUUCACUUCGGAGUUCCAUCUACGGCGUCUAUCCUUGCAUUUGAUCGCGUCCAGCGUCUAUUGGCUGUGGGAACACUUGAUGGCAGGAUAAAGGUGUUUGGAGGAGACAAUAUUGAAGGAAUUCUUUACUCGUCUAAGCAUACAGCCUUCAAGAAUUUAGAGUUCUUGGAUAAUCAAGGUUUUCUUGCUAGUGUCUCAAGUCGUAAUGAGAUUCAGAUUUGGGAUUUGGAAAGCAGGCAAAUUGCUUCUGCUUUGCAGUGGGAGUCCACUAUAACUGCUUUCUCUGUUAUUUAUGGCACCAGUUACAUGUAUAUUGGGAGUGAGCAUGGGAUGGUAUACGUGUUGAAGUUUGACGCUGAAAGCAGAAAAAUUGAUAUAUUGCCUUAUUAUGUUCCUACAAAUGUUAUAUCUGAUGCAGUUGGAAUAUCACUUGAUCAAAUUUCAGUGAUCAGGGUUCUUCAUCCGCCUUAUUCCAAUGGAAACAGACUAUUGAUGGCAUAUGAGAAUGGCUUGAUAGUACUGUGGGAUUCUUCUGAAGAUAAAAUUGUUCAAAUCAGAGGACAAAAGGACACUGAGCUGAAGAUAGAAAGGGUGACUAGUUAUUCAAAUGACCCUAAGGAUGAUUCCUCUGACAAUAAAUUAGAUAAUGAAGAAGAGGAUAAAGAGAUAAGCUGUGUUUCAUGGGCAUCUAAUGAUGGAUCUGUUGUUGUUGUUGGUUAUGUAGAUGGUGAUAUAAUGUUUUGGGAUUUGUCAAAUGCUUACUCUUCUUCAAAUCAUCAAUCCCAAAAGUUGUCUAAUAAUGUUGUCAAGCUUCAAUUAUCAUCGGCAGUUAGAAGACUUCCUAUUAUUUUUCUACAUUGGUGUGCCAAUAAAUCUUUUGGUAAUAAUGGAAGCCAACUUUUUGUGUAUGGUGGUGAUGAAAUUGGGUCUGAAGAAGUUCUGACAGUUUUGGGCCUUGAUUGGUCAUCUGGUUUAAAAAGUAUUAAGUGCACUGGUCGCAUUAAUAUUGCACUUAAUGGUUCCUUUGCUGAUAUGGUUUUGUUAUCUAGUGAUUACCAUGCAGCGGGAACUGGUAAUAUGAUAUUUGUGUUGACCAAUUCUGGACAGCUGGAUCUUUAUGACAACAAUUGUUUGUCGUCUUUAAUGUCUAAGCAAGAAAAGAAGACUACUUCUCAUACACUGCAAUAUCCCAUGGUCAUACCCACUCUUGAACCCUACAUGACAACUGCAACGCUUGCUGUGAUAGAUCACGAUGUGAAGACAUUUAGGGACUUGUCUCAGGUUCUUGUAGCUGCAAAGCAGCAUUUAGUACAAAAUCAGACAAGUAUGGGCAUAAAGUGGCCUUUGACCGGUGGUGUUCCAGGUCAGCUUUUCAAAGAAGACGAUCAUAUCAUUCAAAUAUAUAUAGCAGGAUACCGAGAUGGAUCUGUUCGGAUAUGGGAUGCCACAUAUCCGGCUUUGUCACUAGUUUACAACAUAAAAUGUGAGGUAAAUGAUGUUAACAGUGACAGUGCAAGUGCAUCAGUGUCAGCAUUGGAUUUUUGCCCUGAUACUUUACACCUGGCUGUUGGUGAUGAAAGUGGUAUUGUCCGUCUAUAUGGUCUAAUACAGAGUUCAAGUGAAACAACCUUUCAUUUUGUGACUGAAAAGGGAACUGAAGUUCACAAUAAGCAUCAAGGAGAUGUACCUCAUUGCACAGUACUGUUUUCCCUUCAAACUUCUGUUGUAUGCACCCUACAGUUCGCAAACCAUGGAGGGAAGCUUGCUGUUGGAUAUGAAAAUGGCCAGGUUGCUAUGCUUGAUAUCAAUACAUCAUCGGUUUUGUUUCUUAUGAAAACUGAACCUGACUCACCUUCAGCAGUUAUUUCUCUGACUGCAAAAUUUUCAGACUCUUGUAGCUUAAACAUUCCACAGCAAUCUGUAUCUGAUAAUUCUGAUAGUUCUGAAAAGGGGCUACUCUUCAUUAUAACAAGGGAUGCAAACCUUCUUGUAGUAGAUACUUCAAAUGGAAAUAUGGUCUGCAGUAGGAGCAUGAGUGUAAAUGCAAAAUUGAAUGCAGUUUCAAUGUAUGUUACAGAUGGUUUUUCUGAACUAUCAACUGAAACAGAGUCAUUAAAAUCACCUCAGAAGAGUGAUUCUGGAAUUCAGGACAAUGUUCAGUCCGAAGAUGCAAAAGUUGUAGAUGAAACAGCUACUACCGUAGAAACUUCAUACUUCGGGGAGAUAGUAUCCAACUCUCUCAUUUUAAUUUGUUAUGAGACUGAAUUGAGCUUACACACUUUAAAAUCUGUGAUAGAGUGUAUAAAGAAGGUGAACCUUGUAGAGAAAUGCUGCUGGACUACAAUCAUUAAGAAACAUGAGAAAGAAUGUGUUCUUGUUGUACUGUAUCAAACUGGAGGCAUUGAAGUAAGGUCCAUACCAACUUUGGAAGUGUUGGGAGAGAGUUCUUUAAUGUCAGUCCUAAGAUGGAAUUGGACAAAUGACAUGGAAAAGACAAUAUGUUCUUCAAAUGGACAAAUAAUUCUGGUCAAUGGGAAUGAAAUUGCUUCAAUAUCACUGUUGACAUGGCAAAAUGAGUUCUGGAUUCCGGAGUCUUUUCCUUGUCUUCAUGAUAAAGUUCUCCAAGCUGCUGUUGAUGUUACUGUGAGUCAAUCUCCAAGCCAGAAUGAAAGACAGGGAACAACUUCUGUAUUUGCUAAUUUUGUCAAGAACUUCACGGGAAAAGCAGAUCCAAAUGCAAAUCAACCAGCUCAUCCUAAUAUUUUGGAGAAUCUAGAUCAAUUAUUCUCAAAUCCUCCCUUCUUAAAGCCUUCAUCAGGCACAGUUGAUCCACUUGAUGAUUUGGAGCUUGACUUAGAUGAUAUUCAUAUUGAUGAACCCAUAGUCCUUUCACCUAUACAGAAAAGCGAUGAUGACAAAAGAGAUAAAGGAAAAACAGCUGACAAACAGAAAACUGAUAUCGACAAGAAAGAUAAAGGAAAAGCAACGGACAGAGAGAAACUGUUUGAGGAUGCAGGCACUGAUUCAAAACCAAGAGCUAGAACAGCUGAUGAAGUUAAGGCCAAAUAUAGAAAGACAGAGGCAAAUGAUGCCGCUGCAGCAGCUUCGCUUGCAAAGCAAAAACUUCUAGAGCGGCAAGAAAAGCUUGCGCUGCUCAACGAACGUACUGAAGAGCUGGCAAAUGGGGCAGAAGAUUUUGCAUCCAUGGCCAAAGAACUCGCUAGAAGAAUGGAAAAUCGUAAAUGGUGGCAGUUAUAACCAAGUUACAUGAUUCAUUUUUCCCGUGGGCGUGUCCAGGUGGAUUCCAAGUUGAAUUUCUGGACUAGCUAACCGCCAACCUGCCUCACUUCUCUCCGAGGUAGCUCUUACUCUCUAGUCUGUUGCUUAGUUAGUAGUUACGCUUGUAAAAAACAUUUAUUAUUCUUACAUGUGUUAGAGUAAUUUGAUUAUUGUGUGUGCUUAUAUUUUAUUUUUGUAUAUUAUAAUUAGACUCAAUAAGGCGCUAAACGUGAAGAGAAUAUUUCAGUAAUUUUUCUCAAACUAAAUGUAUAACUAUUUUACUAUCAGAUAAAUGAAAAUACGACCAGAGAAAAUUAUGUAUAUGCUAAUAUGCAAGCUUUUAUAUAUCUAGUAGUGCAAAAUAUAUUAUGGUUUUGAAUUUACUAUUCGAAUUAUUUUCUGAAAAAUUGUUUCGAGGGUGGCACCUUUCUAGCUUCAUAUAAAUUUCGGCAUUUAUUCAUUGCUUGCUAAAAAAGAAUUUAUUAUUAUAAAAUUGAUGAUGUGGAAGAAAAAGUGAUUUACCUUACUUAAAUACAUAUAAUAAAAAAUGAAACUCUUUGAUUUAUAGAGGCAAUAAUGAGCUAGUCAGCCACAUUUAAGUAUUUAGAGUUGUCUUCAUUUAAAUUUCUAACGGUACUCGAACAUGAUUACUUCAGAGGGAACAUAAUAUCUUAAUUUGGGGGAAAGGAUAAUUUCUUAAUGCCCUCAAUCUUACUAUCUUUUUUGUAUAAACAAAAAAUAAACCGAAGCGAAAUACUGUAAAACAUAAAAAUCGAUAUUCGGUACUAAAAAGCAAAUGCUAAAUCGUUAAAAAGUAAAUAAAACAAAUUUAAUAGCAUAUACACUACACGAAUUGACAAAUAAACCUAAAAAUUUAAUUUGGAAGAUAGAGAGCCAUUUUCGUUUUCUGUUGCAACUUCUCACGAUUUUUGCUUAGGACUCUUGAUAAUGAUACGCAGAACAUGAUUGUCUUCCUUAAACAAAAUAAUAUAAUAAAAAAUGAAUUAUCCUAAUCCUUAACGUUCAAAAUAAUAUAGGUAAGGUCAUAUGGAAAUGAGUUGGAUUUGAAGUAAUCAUGUUUCCAGCCUAUGAUUAUUUAUCAUAGCGGGCGCCAUUUCCUGUUGAUUUUCACACACAACUACAGAAGCAGUUUUAAGAAAUGAUUUCCUUUUGCCUGAGAUUAAUUAAUAGUAAUACUUAUUUAUGCUUUAGGACGAAUCAGAUUUCCAGAUAAAGACAACCACAACAGUUGAAAAUUGAAAGCCAACACAGAUAAGAAUAGGAUGCCCAAAGAAUACUAUAAGAAUUUAUCAGCCGACUUAAAACAAUAUAUAUUUAAAAAAUGACCUGCUUUAUCAAAUAUCAAUGACAAAUACCUUGUCCACUUGUGCUAAAUAAAAUACAACAACCCACUAAGAAAAGGAGGGCCAAUUAAAUAAUAUAAUAA